UCUGUGCCAGGGAAGCAACGGAGCGCCAAGACCCCGCCCCCGCGCGAGGCCCGCACCCAGAGUUUACGCCGCCGUUUACGACAGGCCGGAAAGGAGUGGCUGCAGGCAGCGCCAGGCUGAGCGGGGCCACCAUGGGGAAAAUCGCGCUGCAGCUCAAAGCCACGCUGGAGAACGUCACCCACCUCCAGCCUGUGGGUGAGGACUUCCGGUGGUACCUGAAGAUGAAAUGUGGCAACUGUGGUGAGAUUUCAGACAAGUGGCAAUACAUCCGGCUGAUGGACAAUGUGGCACUGAAGGGAGGCCGUGGCAGUGCCUCUAUGGUCCAGAAGUGCAAGCUGUGCGCAAGGGAAAACUCCAUCGAGAUACUGAGCAGCACCAUCAAAUCUUACAAUGCUGAAGACAAUGAGAAGUUCAAGACGAUAGUGGAAUUUGAGUGCCGGGGCCUUGAACCAGUUGAUUUCCAGCCCCAGGCCGGGUUUGCUGCUGAGGGUGUGGAAUCGGGGACAGUCUUCAGUGACAUUAAUCUGCAGGAGAAGGACUGGACUGACUAUGACGAAAAGGCUCAGGAGUCUGUGGGAAUCUACGAGGUCACCCACCAGUUUGUGAAGUGCUGAACCCUCUUCCUGCACACUUGCCUAUAAGAACUGAGAAGGGACAAUGUGCCCCAAGCAGCAGAGCCCACUGAGGCUCGUUCCCUUAUCCCUCGUUUCCUGGCCGUUCUCCAAGCCCUCACAGUGUGCAUGCCAGGCUCUAUCACGGCUUCCCAAGCCCUGCCAAUAAAGCCCCUGUUUGUGCUGCA